AUGCGUCGAAAUAAUUCAGUUGGAGCGGCAAUGUCGGCGAAUAUUCUCAUAAUGAUACUUACUGGCUUGUUAUUGCUACCGAGCAUUGAUUGUCAGAACACAACGACGACGACCGCCACCACCACCACGUCGGAGACUACUACGUCCGCCACAACAACAACUACGACAUCGGCAACAACUACGACAUCGGCAACAACUACGACAUCGGCAACAACUACGACAUCGGCAACAACUACGACAUCGGCAACAACAACGACUACAACAUCAGCGACAACAACAACUACGACAUCAGCAACAACAACAACGACAACGACCACUACUUCUACAACCACUAAGAGUCAGGGACAACGCCUGACUGUCAUUCCUGCUGUACUUCUUGGUGGUCUAGUUGUACGUCUCAUUACUCGUAUAGAACGAUGA